AGAUACGCAAUUGCGUACGACCUCGUGCGACAGUCGCGACUGGCCGUAGACAACAACAAAAAAUGAUGAUCGGGUUGGAUCGUUGAGCUUCUUCGGUACUGACCAGCUAAAGAAGAUCAGCUUCUGCACGAAAUGUCUUCCGCUCCUCGGAUCAUGGCAUCCGCCAAGGGAUGGUCGUUUCGCAAAAAGCUGUUGGUCUACGGUGGCACAUCCCUUUUUGUUGGUAGCGGAGUAGCUUUGUACCGGUCUGUCGAUUCGCUCGAGGACGUGCGACAAAUAGGAGCGAUUCGAUUUGGAAGGGCAGCAUGUGCUGUUGCGAAGAUCAUAGUCGAUUACAAAUCGUCACUGUGGGGACUCUAUGAUCCUUCGGAAGAAUAUAAUGAGGCAAUCAAGCAGUGCCAUCAGAGAAGUGCGGAAAGGCUUCUUGAGCUGGCUCGGGCGAACGGUGGAGCAUUCAUAAAGGUGGGGCAACAUCUUUCUGCACUGGAGUAUCUUAUCCCUAAAGAGUACACCUCAACUUUAUCAAUACUGACCUCCAAAGCUCCGGAAGCGUCUCUAGAGGACGUAAUGUACAUGAUCGAAACUCAACUUGGCAAGAAGUUCGAGGAGAUUUUUACGGAGUUUUCGGAGAAACCCGUUGGAGCUGCGAGUCUUGCUCAAGUCCACAUCGCAAGACUGAGGAAGAAUAACGAGAAAGUAGCUGUGAAAGUGCAACAUCGCCGAGUUUUUAAAAAUAGCCGGACCGACAUGAACACUAUGGAGUUCUUAGUGAGGGUCGCGGACAGAGUAUUCCCGGAGCUCAAGUUAAUGUGGCUUGUAGAGGAAACGAGAAAGAAUCUACCCCGCGAACUUGACUUCAUGCUCGAAGCAAGGAAUGCCGACCGUUUGGCGAAGAUGUUCAAGCAUUUGAAGUUCUUGAAGAUCCCCAAAAUGUAUCACGAGUACAGCACACCUCGGUUAUUGACUAUGGAAUACUGUGAAGGUGAACAUAUUGAUGAUAUCGACUAUAUGAUCAAGAAUAAUAUUGAUAGGCAUGAGGUGUGUCGGAAGCUAGGGAGAAUCUAUUCCGAAAUGAUAUUCUUAAAUGGAUAUUUGCAUUCCGAUCCACAUCCAGGCAAUGUUCUAGUGAACAAGAGAAAAGACGGAAAAGUAGAAAUCAUCUUGUUGGAUCAUGGCCUAUAUCUUGAUAUCGAUGAUAAGUUCCGCGGACUCUAUUCAGAUCUCUGGCUUGCAUUGCUCAAACCUGAUCAAGAUAAAUUGAGGAAAGUGGCCACAGAAAUGGGUGUUGGCGAUCUCUAUGGCUUGUUUGCAUGUAUGGUAGCUCGAAGAUCAUGGAAAGCUGUUUCACGGGGAAUCAAAAAUCAAAAAUUGGAGAACUCUGAGGUAGAGGAGUUAAAGUCGUAUGUCGGCGCCUUGAUCCCUCAAAUCAGUGAGGUCCUGCAUCGAAUGCCCCGGCAGAUGCUACUUAUUCUAAAGACCAACGAUCUGAUUAGGAAUCUCGAACAUAUUUUGGGAACUGAACAUCGCUCGGACGCUCAUAUUGAGAUGUCCAAAUGCGUGUUGCGAUCGCACUACGAAAUGAAGCUGAAAAACUCGCAUAGCGUUUGGGAGGCGCUAAGGAUACGAUUAAAGUUGUUGUGGGCUCUUUUCAAAAUACAUUCAUAUGAAUGGUAUUUGAUUACUCGAGAAGCUAUUCCUUUUUUUCAUUUUGCUUGAAAUUGACAUAUUGUUCUACUUAUCUCACUCGGGUAGAGGAUCAUAUGCUGGUCAAAGAGAGCACUGGUGUGGGCUACUAAUCUCAGGAAAAAUUCACGCCAAACAGCCUCUUUGCUGGUAUAUGUAUUUUCACCAACUCACCCAUCUUGUUUUAGUACCAGAAUUAGUGUCUCAAAGUCUAGCUAGUCUCAGCUCUUCUCAAACUCAUAGUUUCUCAACAAUGGUCGUGGGGGUUGACCAAAUGUGCUGCUCACCAUGAUCUAUGUCUCGUGCUUGUUAUAGGUAGUGUCCGGACAAAUUUGGAAGCACCUCAAUUCGAACUCAUGGUGCUAGAAAUUCCAACGGAUUACUGUAGAAGGAUCUCCGUUUUAGCCAUAGUUUGACUGCUACUGAGACGCUGCUUCUAGAGCGAAAAAAAUCGCUUAGGUUGAUAUUACCCACCUCUCGAUUCAGUCUGCUUCUCGUCAAAGCAGGAAGCAUGGCGGGACACGCCGCUGCAGCAAAUAUGUGCGGUGUCCGGCAGCUUUCCGUCGGUAAAUGCUAGACUGGAUCGAGGGACGGCUAUAUCGAAACUUCUUCAACGAUUUUCGUGUUCAGAAGCAGAUUUCACAGCAGGAGAGCCAGCUGCGCAGUAACCUGUUGAAAUUAAGAUGCUCCCAGAUCUGUUCGGACACUGCCUUUAUGGGCUAGUGCGAAUCAUGGUCAAUUCCUGCUGCGCGUGAAGUUAUUCCUAAUUUGUGGAGAAGCGGUACACAGGUGCUUAUACUUUCGCCACAUCCUGUUACGCCUUUGCUGGAACCGUGGCGCUAGAGUAGGGCUAAUUUCUAAAUCUUAUUUUUGAUAUCUAGGCUCAUAUGAAACCCAGGGUUGGUUUCAGCCUAGAAAUGCUUUUAAUGUCUUCUGUUAUUCAAGUUUACAUUCAUUCUUUUCACUAAGUCUGUAACUAACUUCCGUAGUGUAGGCGAUGAAUUCACGUGCUCUUUUACGAAACAUAGCCCUUUCAUCGUUUGUCAGGGUCAGUGUGUCAUUGUAUGCCGAAUUCGGCUCACACUCGUGACGUCCUCGUUCUAGCUUCCUAUUUUCUUUCUUGAGUUUAUCGUUUAGCUGUGAUUCUAAUAUUUAAUUGAAUAACCUCUUUAUCUACCAAUUGUAAAAACAUUUUUGUACGUUUUAGUCACUGUAAUUGUAUCCCUAGUUUGAUUGCCUUGAUAUGAUCGAAUCUGUCCGUUUGAUACCUCAUCUUUCAAUUGUCUUCUCAUUGUUGUACAUUUUCACUAGUUACGUUGUUAUAAUGUGAUAGGUUUUAUAAUGGCCAGUGCUGAAUGAGUUGUUGUUUUUGAGAGGAGAUGAACUUUUAUAUUUUAGUUUUUGCGUUAAUUCUUUUGGUGGUGUUUAUCAGAAUUACUUCAUACUUUGCCUGGCUCAUGCUCGCAUUCUGCAACUGUGGUAUUGAUAUCAUCUCGUGUAUCUCUUCGAGUCUUCCUUUGAUCGAGCUAAUUUUAACCCAGUUUCUUUCUUCAAAUUUA